UCGAUCCGUCUCCAUCACAAGAGAAGAGAAGAGAGACUCAUUAUAUUGUAAAACUUCUCGAGCUUUGGAAUAUUCUGGUCUUUAGACGCCUAUUGAUUCACAGUGAUUCUGGUUUCCUUUCUAGAUCGUUUCGUUUCACCAUUUGAUUGAUCUCUCGAUCCACGGAGCUGUGGGCAAAUGGCGUACGUGGACCACGCGUUCUCGAUAUCAGACGAGGACAUGAUGUUCGAGACCUCAUACACCGUGAACAACCGACCGCCGGUUAAGGAGAUCGCACUGGCGGUGGCUCUCCUCGUGUUCGGAGCCUUAGGAAUCGUCUCCGGCUUCUUCAUGGCGUACAAUCGAGUCGGCGGCGAUCGAGGCCACGGGAUUUUCUUCAUCGUCCUCGGGUGUCUUCUGUUCAUCCCAGGGUUUUACUACACACGGAUCGCGUAUUAUGCUUACAAAGGAUACCAAGGUUUCUCCUUCUCUAACAUACCCCCUGUUUAGUAGCACUCCCCCCCUUUUGGUUCUCGAUGUAUAGAGAUGUUUUUAUUAAGCAAAUGGGCAGACUUUGUUUUGCUCUCUAGUCUAGUUUUAGAGGAGUCUGUCUAAGUGAGUGAGUCCCAUGUUUUGAUAUAAUUAUCUCUCCUCUUCUUCUUUUCUCCUUCCACUUGUUAAAUAAUUACGCCGUCUAUGACGAUUUGUCAUAUCCAUAUAUACCCCUGUUCACAUGAAUCUUUGUUUCUAACCAUGCUAUAUGUGAGAGUUUUUUCACAUGUUGA